UGUUGGUGUAGCUAUGCUGGUCUGGUUCUUGCCUACUGAAGCACACUAUACAAUAAUGAACAGAGCUUAACUGGAUGUCUUGGGCAACUACCGUGCAAAAUCUACUCCGCCACGUCUUCCCUUCCACUUCUAGAAGGCUGGAAGUCGGAAAUCAAGCCCUUGAUUGCUGAUCUCAAACUGGGGUCAUGAAACUCCUAGUCAGGUGCUUUGGGCACCUGCAGACUCCUUGGGUGUUCCUUCACCAAGCAAAGAGACACGUGGCUUCUUUGAUCCCCUCGUAUUAUGAAGCUGUUAAUCGGGGUGAACAGGAAGUGCCCGAGUACUUCAACUUUGCAAGCGACGUGGUGGACAAAUGGACCCAAGAGGAAAAGGAUGGAAAGAGAGCUCACCACCCAGCCUUCUGGUGGGUCAACGGUCAGAACAAAGAGGUGAAGUGGAGCUUUGAGGAGCUGGCUUUCUUGUCCCGAAAAGCUGCCAAUGUCCUUUCUGGUCCAUGUGGCUUGCAAAGAGGGGACAAAGUUUUGAUCGUUCUGCCUCGUAUUCCAGAGUGGUGGCUACUCGUUCUGGCGUGUAUGCGAACAGGGAUUAUUUUCAUUCCUGGAACACCUCAGCUAACAGCUAGAAUUUCCUAUAGAAUUGAAGCUUCCAAAGCCAAAUGCAUUGUGGUGGCCGAUCAGUCCGUCGUUGCAGUGGAUUCGAUCGCAGAUGAAUGCAAAUUUCUGACAACCAAGCUUGUUGUGUCCGACAGAGGCAGAGCUGGCUGGCUAAAUUUCAGUGACUUAUUGCAAGCAGCCUCUGGUGACCACGACUGUGUCAAGUCACGAAGUGAAGACUUAAUGCUGAUCUACUUUACGAGCGGAAGCACCGGGUCGCCCAAAAUGGUGGAGCAUUGCCACUCCAGUUAUGGCAUUGGAUUUACAUCCAGUGGCAGGCACUGGAUGAAUCUGUCUUCUUCAACUGUGUUCUGGAAUACCUCGGAUCCAGGAUGGGUAAAAACAGUCUGGAGCAACUUAUUUGGCCCAUGGAUCCAUGGGUCAUGUGUGUUUGUACAUCAUCUGCCCCGGUUUGAACCAACAGUCAUAUUAAAUACGCUGGCAAAAUAUCCAAUCACAACUUUCUGUACAGCUCCCACUGCAUAUACAAUGAUGGUUCAGCACAAUGCCACCAGCUAUAAAUUCAGGAGCUUGAAGCACUGCAUGACUGGUGGAGAACCACUCAAUCCUGAAGUGUUUGAGCAAUGGAAGACUCAGACUGGAUUGGAUAUCCAUGAAGCAUACGGACAAACCGAAACGGUAACAAUCUGUGCGAAUGUCCAAGGGAUGAAAAUUAAGCCUGGCUCAAUGGGAAAAGCAUCUCCACCCUACGAUGUCCAGGUCGUUGAUGAUGAAGGAAAUAUUCAGCCCCCCAGGAAAGAAGGAGACGUGGCCAUCAGAAUCAAACCCAAACGACCAUUUUGCCUUUUCUCGAAGUACACGGAUAACCCAGAAAAAACGGCAGCCACUGAACGUGGGGAUUUUUAUAUCACCGGAGACAGAGCGGUCAAAGAUGAAGAAGGGUAUUUUUGGUUCGUUGGGCGGGCAGACGACAUCAUCAAUUCCUCUGGAUACCGCAUUGGCCCUUUUGAAGUGGAGAGCGCUUUGAUGGAACACCCAGCAGUGGUCGAAUCAGCUGUUGUCAGUAGCCCAGAUCCUGUUAGAGGAGAGGUGGUCAAAGCGUUUAUCAUCUUGUCUCCUGCUUUUCUAUCCCACGAUCCAGAGGCAUUAAUCCACGAACUCCAGGACUAUAUGAAAAAAUCUACAGCUCCAUAUAAAUAUCCCAGGAAGAUAGAAUUUGUCCAAGAGCUUCCCAAAACGGCAGCUGGAAAAAUUAAACGGAGUGUCUUGCGGAAACAAGAAUGGAGCGAAAUCAAGCGACGGCUCGACCUUCCCGAAUAAAUCGUUUUUCCGUUCUUUGCUGUCCCAGUUUUCAUUCAUUCUAUUAUUCCAAGCGAAUUGAUUCCAUGCUAAAAGGUUUUAAGUCAAAUUUGGGGUCCUUGGUGAGUGGCAUUCCAAAGACUGAGCUCUUCUUAUAAUUACAGAUUGAAAUUAUAUUAUGGGCAAACGAUCGAUACAAACUCAAGGUAAACCGCUCCAAACUCGAUUGCAGAAAAUUCGACUUCAGCAACAGACCGGUCAUCGCCUGGAAUGCUCUACCAGGCUCCGUUGUCACAGCCUCAAACCCUCACAGCUUCAACCUCAAACGGUCUACCGUGGACCUCACCCCAUUCCUAAGAGGUCCGUAAAGGGGUCGUGCAUAAGCGCACCAGCGUGCCUACCGUCCUUGUCUUACUGUCCCCGUUUAUAUUAAUUACCUGUGCUCAUGUCCAUGUUUAUACUUAUACCUGUUAUCUUGUACAUGUUUCACAAACAAAUAAAGUAAAUAAAUAAAUAAAUGGAAAGAGAUGAUAUGA